AUGGAAGACGUGGAGCGGCUGGUGGAGAAGGAAGAAACGGACAUGCAGGCGAAUGUCCCUGCAAUCCCCACAUUUGAAGCGAUGGGACUAAAGCCGGAGUUGUUGCGAGGAAUGUACGGCUAUGGCUACACCACACCUACAGCUAUUCAGAAACGUUUUAUUGCCCCUUUUGUGCAAUCACGUGAUCUGGUGGCGCAGGCCUCCUCUGGUUCUGGUAAGACUUCUGCGUUUUGUAUUUGUUUACUGCAGGUGUGUGAUCCAACACUGCGGGAAACGCAGGGACUUGUGCUCAGCCCAACACGUGAACUCGCCCUACAAACACAAGACUUGUGUAAUAAUAUUGGACAUCACAUGGGCAUUGCCGCCUAUGCGUCUAUUGGCGGUAAAAGUGUGGAUGAAGAUGUGCGGCGGUUAGAAGGUGGUGUUCAUAUUGUCUCCGGCACACCAGGGCGAGUUUUUGAUAUGAUUAAAAGACGACAUCUGCGGGUUAAUCAUCUCCGUACACUUGUAUUGGAUGAAGCGGAUGAAAUGCUUGGUAAAGGAUUUAAAGCACAAAUACAUGAUAUCUAUCGAAUGAUUCCACCAUUGCAGGUUGUUCUGGUCUCCGCCACUCUACCAGUCGAUGUGUUGGAUAUGACGGAGAAAUUCAUGACGGAGCCGGUGCGUAUUCUCGUAAAGCGGGAUGAAAUUACCGUGGAUUCUAUUAUGCAAUACUUUGUAGCGGUAGAUGAGGAGAAGAAUAAGUUUGAUACCUUGUGUGAUCUUUAUGAUACUCUUACGAUUGCCCAUGCAGUGAUUUUUUGUAAUACGCGUAAAAAGGUAGAGCAGUUGGCAAAGAAAAUGACAAAGGAAAAGUUUUCAGUCAGUUCUAUGCAUGGAGAUAUGCCACAAGCAGAGCGGGAUGAGAUUAUGCGGAAUUUCCGUGAGGGUAAAAGUCGUGUUCUCAUCUCAACAGAUCUCUGGUCUCGUGGUAUUGAUGUGGAACAGGUUUCGCUGGUGCUGAAUUACGAUUUGCCCUUUUCACGUGAACAGUAUAUUCACCGUAUUGGCCGUACAGGACGAAUGGGCCGUAAAGGAUUGGCCAUCAGUUUUGUCAAGCAUGAUGAACUGCGGCUUCUGCGUGAUAUUGAGCAGUUUUAUGCUACGCAGAUAGAAGAACUACCAGCAAACAUUGGGGAUCAAUUUUAG